AUGGGUGUCCUCGACGUCGUACCUGCAGGUGUUUUGACUGGCGACAAUGUUCGCAAACUCUUCGAUUAUGCCAAAGAACACAAGAAUGUCACCUCCACAUCGGUAGCCAAUGCAGUUCUCGAAGCCGCUCGUGACAUCAAAUCUCCCAUCAUCAUCCAAGUCUCCCAGGGCGGUGCUGCCUACUUUGCAGGCAAGGGCCUUGCCAAUGACAAGCAGCAGGCGUCGAUUUUGGGCGCUAUCAGCGCUGCUCACCAUGUCCGCCUGAUGGCGAAGGCUUACGGCGUUCCCGUCGUCAUGCACAGCGACCACUGCGCGGAGAAGCUCCUCCCCUGGUUCGAUGGAAUGCUUGAGGCUGAUGAAGCUUACUUCAAGGAGCACCAGGAACCUUUGUUCUCGUCCCACAUGCUCGAUCUCUCCGAAGAACCCAAAGAGCAAAACAUCGCCACCUGUGUCAAAUACUUCAAGCGGAUGGCUCCCCUCGGGCUCUGGCUCGAGAUGGAAAUCGGUAUUACAGGUGGAGAGGAAGACGGUGUUGACAACACUGGCGUCGAUAACGCAAGCCUGUACACACAACCCAAUGACAUCUACGAUGUCUACAAGGCUUUGAGCGCCAUCGGACCUAACUUCAGCAUCGCCGCCGCCUUCGGCAACGUCCACGGUGUUUACAAGCCAGGAAAUGUCAAGCUUCAACCCGAGAUUUUGGGCAACCAUCAGGCAUAUACCGCUGAGCAGAUAGGCAAGAAGGAUACCAAGCCACUCUAUCUCGUCUUCCACGGUGGUUCUGGUUCAACAAAGGAGGAAAUUUCCACCGCUGUUGGACAUGGUGUUGUCAAGAUGAAUGUCGACACCGAUACCCAAUUUGCGUAUCUCGUCGGUAUCCGGGACUUCAUUUUCAAAAAGAAGGAUUAUCUCCAAACUCAGGUCGGUAACCCUGAGGGUGCUGACAAGCCCAACAAGAAAGUUUACGACCCUCGAGUGUGGCAGAUUCCUAUCAUCUGCAUUGCCAAUGAUCGCCAGGCGCAAAAGCUAAAGCCCUUGAUGGCUACGACCUUUAGCCUCCCCUUUCACAAGCCUCCCGCGCAAUCGAUACGAUCAAGAAUUCUUACCAUCGCUUUCAAGGAGAAGAUGAAAAUACCCGCCAACGUUAUUGACCAACUCAUCAAUGGGGCACAAUCAGAUAUUCGCCAAGUACUCAACAUGCUCUCAACAUGGAAAUUGUCGAGUGACACCAUGGACUUCGACGAGGGAAAAGACCUUGCCAAGAUGAAUCAGAAGUACUCUAUUUUAAGUCCUUUUGACAUCACCUCAAAACUAUUAGGCCCAUAUGUCUACUCACCGACUUCACGAGAAACUUUGGGAGACAAAAUGGAUUAUUAUUUCCAGGAUCAUUCAUUUGUUCCUUUAUUCAUCCAGGAAAAUUAUCUGAAAACAGAACCUGCUCGGAUUCGUAAUCUUGAAGGGCCAGAGAAAAUUUUGAGAGAACUUCAGCUAAUGGAUCGCGCCGCUUCGUCCAUCUCAGACGGAGAUCUUGUGGACGCAUUGAUUCACGGGCCUGAACAACAUUGGGGACUGAUGCCGUUGCAUGCGAUUUGCUCUACCGUCACCCCUACAUAUAACCUAUACGGAAACGGUGCAGGUUAUGGAGGCCCAAAUGCGAUGUCAUUCCCUCAGUGGCUUGGCCAAAAUUCGAAACAGAACAAACUCGCCCGACAACUAGGCGACGUUCAAAUCCGAAUGCGACUGAAAGUAUCAGGCGAUAAAACCGAGAUCAGACAAUCAUAUAUUCCAUCCUUGUUCCCAUACAUGGUCAAACCACUCAUGGACGAAGGUGUUUUAACCACAUCCUGGCAGAGUGCUGUCGAUGAAGUCAUUGAGCGUAUGGAUGAAUAUUACAUUUCGAAAGAAGACUGGGAUACUAUUAUCGAACUGGGCGUUGACGAAAAGAAAGACGAUGUUAUCAUGAAGAAAAUUUCGACGGCCACAAAGACAGCCUUGACGCGAAAGUACAACGCCUCCGAACAUCCUAUACCGUUCCAUAAAGCGCAAGACUUAGGAAAGGUUCCGAAGAAACUUGCCGGUGGCCCAGCCCCAGACCUGGAAGAGGCCUUCGUUGAUGAUGUGAUAGAUGACGUUUCAGAGGAUGAGAAGAACAAGGACCUAGAUGAAGAUAUAACCAAAGACUCUCUUAUCAAAGCGCCAAAGAAGAAGAAAGCCCCUGUCAAGAAGUAA